AUGAAGUCAUCACUGCAGGCAUUGGCACUGGCCCUGGCCUCGAUCCUCUUGCCUGUAGCAAACAGUUCUACUCCGGACAAUACAAAUACCAAAUCUUGCAAAUGCUUCCCAGGCGAUGAGUGUUGGCCUUCCGAAGCGGAUUGGAGCGCCUUCAAUACCACCGUUGGCGGUCGUCUGAUCAAGACGGUGCCUCUUGGGUCGCCGUGCCAUGAUCCUCACUACGACGAGGCGAAGUGCAAGGAGCUCCGAGAUGGAUGGCUGCGCGUCUCUGUUCAUCUUGACUCGUCGUCCUCCAUUCAGGAUCCCAUCUUUGCCAACGCAAGCUGCGACCCCUUCACCCCGCGCAGUUCGCCCUGCUUGAUGGGCAAUUACGUGCAGUAUGCCGUGAAUGUGUCGAGUCCCGCAGACAUUGCAGCCACCGUCCGCUUCAGCGAGCAGCGGAACAUCCGCCUGGUGAUUCGUAACACUGGGCACGACUACGUUGGGCGGUCGACGGGCGCUGGAGCCCUGGCCAUCUGGACGCACUACUUGAAAGGCAUUGAGAUCAAAGACUGGGCCAGCAAAGAGCACCGCGGCAAAGCACUCAAAAUUGCGGCGGGCACCAUGGGCUACGAAGUCUUACAGAGUGCUGCUGCUGCCAAGCUGGUCGCCACGACGGGAGAAUGCCCGACUGUGGGUGUCGCGGGAGGCUACGUGCAGAGUGGUGGCCAUUCACCUCUUUCGACAGCAUUUGGACUUGGCGCCGACCAAACGCUAGAGUUUGAGGUGGUCACGGCGGACGGGAAGCUGGUCACCGCGAACCCAUCGCGCAAUGCGGACCUGUUCUGGGCGCUGAGCGGCUCUGGGUCUGGCACCUUUGGCGUUGUAGUCUCACUGACUAUGAAGGCACAUCCGGAUGCUGUGACAAGUGGCGUCUCUCUAACCAUCCAGGACCCGGGCCACGACUAUGCCGACAUUCUGAACGUUUGGCAUGACAAUCUCCCUGCCGUCCUCGACAGUGGAUUCAUGGCCACAUAUUUGGCUAACAAGGCCACUCUGUCCUUUAUGCCCAUUACUGGCUUCAAUCGCACAAAGGCAGAUUUGGAGAAAGGGCUGGCUCCUUUUCUUACCGCCAUGGCGGCUCGGGGCAUCACGGUGAAGCCUUUAUACACCCAGUUUGACUCGUACCAUGACCAUUACGUCCACUACUUUGGGCCGCUCCCUGCUGGCGCCUUUGGCACCGCUGGUGAGUAUCUGAUUGGCGGCCGCCUGUUAUCACGACAUGCCCUUCCUGGUGUGGCAUCGGCCAUCAACGAGACGUUUCAACUUGGAGCUGGCUUUAUAGGACAAGCUGUCAACGUGUCUCGCUUCGACAGCCCAGCCAGGGCUGUUUUGCCGCAGUGGCGAAACACAGUCAUCAUGUCGUCCUACUACGUGCCGUAUAACUUUAACGUGCCAUUUGCAGACAUGGAGGCUCGCCAAAACUUUAUUACAGACGAGAUCAUGCCCAAAAUCGAGGCAAUGACCCCAGAUGCUGGUGCUUACAUCAACGAGGCGGAUUUUCAGCAGCGGGAUUGGCAGAAGACUUUUUUUGGGAGCAAUUAUAGAAAGCUUCUUGAGGUAAAGAGAAAGUAUGAUCCAAAAGGCCUAUUUUACAACUCCCUUGCUGUUGGUAGUGAGAAGUGGAAAGUGUUAGAUGAUGGCCGCCUGUGCGUGGCGAAAUGCGCAAAAUAA